AUGCGCUUAAAAGGGUCAAGUAGUCGCAGAGAAAAUCGCACCGGAACAUACCCCACUUAUUUAUCACGUGAAUAGGCCGGUCGGGAAAGAGAUUUAUAAUUAUAUAAAAUUAUUAAAUUAAAAAUUAAACUGUUUCAAUCUCGUGCUUUCUUCAUGCUACAAACAUGUUUUACAUAAUUUUUUAUAUCUAUAGUAUAUCCCAGUGCCAUAUCCAGAAACAGUAUCGUCACGCAUUCGGAGACUGUCGGUGUAAUGCCGUAAUGUUUAGAUUACAUGAAGUAUAUGGUAUAUAAAUGGUAGGAAUUCUAAUUUCUAAAUUAUUUUAAAAUUAAAAACAAAAUAAUACAGUAUUAAACAAAUGGCGCACUACAUCGCGGUUAGGUUCUGCAAACAAACAACAACAAAAGAUCUAUUGUAUGGUAUGUACGAUGUAAUCAUUGUUUUACUGUUUAUUGUAUAUACAGGUCUGGCAAAUUUAAUAGAUGAGAGUUGCAAAUCGCUCAUAACCUCACGUAUAUUUUUCGUUUGAUAGCCACUAUAAUUAUAACUAGGGGCUAGAGUAUAACCAUGCACAUGUCGACUACCAGCAACAAAAUUGAGCUAGUUACCAGAAUGAGUUAAUUUCAUUAUUGGUGUAAAUGGAGGCUCGGCUACAAUUUAUAUGGACUAUGGAAGCUGGGCUACAAAUUAAUCUAUAAUCUACAUGGCUUCUCAAAGCCUAAUUGCUGUUAAUUAGAACAACAGUAGGAGACUAGGAAAGUCAAUUACUACGAGUGUUGAUUAAAUAUAAUAAAAUCAUCCUGUAAUUUGUGCACUGUUGCAUGCAACAUCGAGCACUGCAUUGUAUACAAUGGUUGUACUUGGAAAAGGAAAAUAAUUUUGAAAAGUCACUUUUGACAUUCUAAUUACGUCAUAAUACCGCCAUAAUAUGUGCAUGAUAACAUAAGUGUCGUGAUGCACCCGAAAAAGGCAUACCACAUGGAAACGUUUCGUCGGAAUAUACCAAAUGGUUGAGCAGAUUUUAACCGACUACUUUCCCAGAUGCCGAAAAAACACAGAAUGCCUUUAUUGCACGAUUUCCCAUAGUAUAUCAAUUGUUCAUAUUACUUGAAGGCAACAUUGUUUGGAACCUCAUUGUACAUGUAGCAAAAUAUGUUCCAAAUAUAUGUUCUUCAAAAUUGAGAUCUUGCCUAUUCCAAUCCUGGCAAACAGCAAUAUUUUAGAGAUCAAUGAGAAGGUUCACCGAUGACAUGAAUUUGGUAAAUAGCGGAAUUAGUACUAAUUCGCCCAAUAUUUGCGCGCGGAAUGGCGCUUUACACUGGUAUCUCUAGGAUUAAUUAAGAGUAAUGUCUAAAUACCUGGAAAAUUGGAUAGUGUCGUUUUAAAGGCAGAGGAAUAAUUUUGAGAAUUUGAGAGUAAAGGAAGUCCAAGAUUUGUUGGUAAUGAUGUGAUCGACGUUGGAAAAUCGACAAACGACGUUUUCAAAGAAGAGGACGCCAAUUGUCCAACCCAUGAGGACAUCAUUGUCAUUAUACUGGUGGAGGAUGAUACUGCUGGUUUCUUAUGUACAUCAUCUGAAAUAUAUAUAUUGCUUGCAUAACAUGUCUAUCAGUAGUCUUAUAAAACAACAAAUAGCGCAUGUCUUCCAAUGAAAGAUUUAUAAAGACAAAGCAAAUGAGCGAAAUAGACUUAUUUUAAAGUAUUGACCGGACACAAGGUCCGCUAAACGAUUUCUGAACAUUUUAUAAUCCAUUGACUAUUCCAAAUUUGACAAUCCCAACCUAGUUUAAUUAAACGCGAUCUGUAAAAUGUUUAUACUGCUUUCGAGGAACUUUGCUGAAAGCAACUUGUGGCACUGUCCUUCGUGCUCAAACGUCCAGAGAACCUCAUUACAAUUCUUAAGUUGUUUCCUUUAAACAUUUUCUUAUUGAUAUCUGAGUAGCAAAAGUCAAUGGAUUUGUUGAAUCGGAUAUCGCUAAGGGGAAGCAUUCUAUUGAUAGCUUAGGGUUAUUUUAUACAUGAGCACGCUUUUUUACUCUUACUACUCAAAGUUCGAGCGAAUUUGAUGACUGAAAUGCAUGGGAUACGUAGUGUUUGAAAAAAUUGUCAUGCGGAAGUUUAAUGUUUACCAAGUUUAAAUUGUAAUAACAGUUAUGUUUAAAUACCUGGAUCGUCUGACAGUGUGGCUUUAAUGGCAGAAGAAUAAAUUUGAGAACUUGAAAUCAAGGAAGGUGCAAGAUUGGUGUACGAAGGCGUAAUGGACGUUGGAAUAGAAAGGAACGAAUUCAUCAAAGGAGAGGAAACAGGAUUUCCAACUAGUGAUGGCAGCAUCAUUGUCAUGUUACUGGUUAGAACUGAUGAUGUCUUCUGUACAUCGCCUAUAAAAAUAUACAUUCUUACCAUUAAUGUCUAUCGGUUUUAAUAGCACAUAAAUUAGUCUUUUAUUGUAUUCGCUCACGAUAAGUUAUGAAGACGAAGCAAGCGAGACAAAGAAAUGUACUAUAUAGCAUUUACGGGAAAUUUGGCAAGCACAAGUACCCGUAAUAUUUUCUGAACCUUUUUACCAUUUCAGUUCUUCAAAUUGCCAUUCUCAACCAAGCAGGCCUGUCCUUAAUUUUGCUUCUUGUUCCGAGAAACUUUGGGAAAAGCAAUUCAUAGCAUUCUCCUUCUCCGUGGCCAAUCAGUUCCUGAGUUAUUUCCUAAUAUUCUUAAGUUCUUUACUUAAAACAUUUCCCUAUUCAAAUUUGACUAGGAAAAUUAGUGGAUGUGUUGAAUUGGUUAUUUCGAAGCGGACGCAUUCUAUUGGUAGCUAAGGGUUGUUUGAAACAGGACUGCGAACAACAAGUAAAGUGAGAAUUUGGGAUCAAAGAAAAGGCAGAAUUGGGGGACGAUGGGGCGAUAGACGUUGGGAAAGAAAGAAUCAACGUUCUCGAGGUAGAAGAAACUCAUUUUCAAUCAGUGAUGACAUCAUCAUUGUCAGCUUACCGGUUGUAACUGAUGGUGUCUUCUGCACAUCUAAAAUAUAAAUACAUUGAUUCCAUAAGAUUGUCUAUCGGUAGUGACAUAAGACAAAAAUUAUCGCAUGUCUUUCAUUGUAUUCGUUUAUACUAUGAUUUAGGAACCGGUGGGUGAUAAAUACAAAAUAUUGAACUUUUUAGAGGCGCCCCCGAUCGCAACACCUAUUUUUUCAAGAUGCCCUACCUUCGUCUAGAAUAUUUAGGACUCCCCACAUUCCAACAUUUAAUUUGUUACAUGUUUUGGAGUAAAAUAGGUAAUGGGACAAUUUUCAUAUAAAAUAUAACGCAACGAUAAGCUUUUAUUAAUUUAAUUAAAGCAAUUAUAAAGCAAUCAGCACCACAAUAUUUAAAACAAACUUACGUUCGUCAAUCUCGGCGCCUUUGCUUCGUCCUUUAGCAAUUAUUUCGCUUUUAUUCUCAAAAAGCUUUCGAAAUUUGGAGACUCUUGCAGAAAUGAAAUAUAUUUGCAAGAAAUCAUCAAAUCAAGAAAUGUUUGCUAUUUCGCUGUCGUCAUAUGCAGUCGUUAUGAUGCAAAUUUUAAAUUGGGGAAAUCAGUGUUCCCUAUUCAUCACAGUUCGCUAUAUUGUGCGAUCUGUGAGGAUGACCACCCACCCAACCAAGCAUGGGAACCCACGCGCUCGGUCAUUGAUGAACUUUUGACUUCGCUAAUGUUUUGUUUUCCGCAGGGAUAAAUAGGCCGGCGGAAUGAGAACCACCGUCCCGUAAUGGCGCUCCUCGCUGUCGGCUCGGGGAUUAAUAAAGAGAAACUAUUUUUUUGAUAACCUACUUUCUCUAUCAUAAAACAGCAAAAAAUAACGAAAAGGAAAAUAAUUUUGAAAAUUCACUUUUGACAUUCUAAUUACGUCAUAAUACCGCCAUAAUAUGUGCAUGAUAACAUAAGUGUCGUGAUGCACCUGAAAAAGACAUACCACAUGGAAACGUUUCGUCGGAAUAUACCAAAUGGUUGAGCAGAUUUUAACCGACUACUUUCCCAGAUGCCGAAAAAACACAGAAUGCCUUUAUUGCACGAUUUCCCAUAGUAUAUCAAUUGUUCAUAUUACUUGAAGGCAACAUUGUUUGGAACCUCAUUGUACAUGUAGCAAAAUAUGUUCCAAAUAUAUGUUCUUCAAAAUUGAGAUCUUGCCUAUUCCAAUCCUGGCAAACAGCAAUAUUUUAGAGAUCAAUGAGAAGGUUCACCGAUGACAUGAAUUUGGUAAAUAGCGGAAUUAGUACUAAUUCGCCCAAUAUUUGCGCGCGGAAUGGCGCUUUACACUGGUAUCUCUAGGAUUAAUUAAGAGUAAUGUCUAAAUACCUGGAAAAUUGGAUAGUGUAGUUUUAAAGGCAGAGGAAUAAUUUUGAGAAUUUGAGAGUAAAGGAAGUCCAAGAUUUGUUGGUAAUGAUGUGAUCGACGUUGGAAAAUCGACAAAAGACGUUUUCAAAGAAGAGGACGCCAAUUGUCCAACCCAUGAGGACAUCAUUGUCAUUAUACUGGUGGAGGAUGAUACUGCUGGUUUCUUAUGUACAUCAUCUGAAAUAUAUAUAUUGCUUGCAUAACAUGUCUAUCAGUAGUCUUAUAAAACAACAAAUAGCGCAUGUCAUUCAAUGAAAUCGCUUUCUAAGAUUUAUAAAGACAAAGCGAAUGAGCGAAAUAAACUUAUUUUAUAGUAUUUAUCGGACGUUUUCCAAACACAAGGUCCACUAAACGAUAUCUGAACAUUUUCUAAUGCAUUGACUAUUCCAAAUUGACAAUCCCAACCCUAGUUUAAACGCAGGCCUACUCUAGGGCGGUAAAUCGCUUUGAAUCGCUGCGAUAUAAUGCGAUUUUGGGCGAUUUUAGGCGAUUUAUGGAAAAAAUGGGACUUUCAAGCACUGCGUUUUAAUGCGAUUUUAGGCGAUUUAAGAAUUUUUUUUUUUAAUUUUUGGGAUUGCAAUUUAGGUGUUUUCAAAGGAAUUGAAUUUAUAUUUUGCUCCGGUUUCCUCCCACAAGGCAAAAUUGGCAGGGUGGGGUAGGAUAUAAACAAAGUUAGGAAAGUGAUGUCAUAUCCUCAUUGUUGUAAAAUAAAUAGUCUAGGCUAACAUAAGUAAUCAUAGUACUUGAUGUAAUCGGUCACUGAAAAGCCCCAAUGUGGGAAGUGAGCUAAAAAAUAAUGUAAUGUUUCCACACACAUAUGCAUUGUAUGAAGCAAAAUACAAUUAUUAGAACAUGUACGUACAUUUUAUAUAAAGCUAGGUUAACUAAUUAUUGUAUUUAACCUGAUUCACAUAUUCAAGCUCAAUAUUCAUGAACUUUUCACCCAUUCUCUAUUUAGAAGCCAUUGGGGUUCAUCUUGUGGGGUCAUGUGGUCAUUCAUGGCUACAUUAUAUACCACAAUUAUUGUAAACAGUUAAUAUACUCUACUUAAGGGGCAUGCACUACACAUGUCUUAAACUUUAAUAUUAUUAAUUUAUGUCGAGUUAAAAUUGCAAAAUAUAAUAAAUAUUUGAUUUCCAAAAUAAGCUAUAAUCCUGUAAAUUACCUUGUCACCCUUGUAAGUAAAAUUGUCUUGUUUUGUAUCAUGUCAAAACGUCUUUAUUUAGCUUGCAUUUUAUUUAAACUGUUUCAAUCUCGUGCUUUCUUCAUGCUACAAACAUAUUUAUAAAGCAUUCGGAAACUGCUACUGUCGGCGUAAUGCCGUAAUGUUUAAAUUACAUGAAGUAUAUCGUAUAUAAAUGGUAGGAAUUCUAAAUUACUAGUUAAAAUUGAAAAAUAAUAAUACAGUGUUAUAAAACAAAUGGCGCACUACAUCGUGGUUUUAGGUUCUGCAGACAAACAACAACAAAAGAUAUAUUGUAUGGUAUGUAAGAUGUAAUCAUUGUUUUACUGUUUAUUGUAUAUACAGGUCUGGAAAAUCUAAUAGACGAGAGUUGCAAAUCGCUCAUAACCUCACGUAUAUUUUUCGUUUGAUAGCCACUAUAAUGGGCCAUUCCAUUUAAUAUACACACCCCCCUGUGGACGAAAAUUUCUGAGGGGGGUUGAAAAAGCAGUUUCUGAGGGGUUGUGUGCAUCGGCAUCCUUUGAUCUUUGCGUUUUUUCCGAGGGGUAAGGCAAAAAUUUCUUAAUUUCUAGAGGGGUGUUUGUGUCGGCACUUUGAUCUUUUUUUCUUAGGGGUUCAAAUUUUAUUGACUUCGUCCACAGGGGGGUGUGUACAUUAAAUGGAAUGGCCCAAUUAUAACUAGGAGCUAGAGUAUAACCAUACACAUGUCGAUUGAAGUACAACCAUUGUAUACAAUGCAGUGCUCGAUCUUACAUGCAACAGUGCACACAUUACAGGAUGACUUUAUUAUAUAAAUCAACACUCGUACUCAUUGACUUUCGUAGUCUCCUACUGUUGUUCUAAUUAACAGCAAUUAGGCUUUAAGAAGCCAUGUAGAUUAUAGAUUAAUUUGUAGCCCAGCCUCCAUAGUCCAUAUAAAUUGUAGCCCAGCCUCCAUUUACACCAAUAAUGAAAUUAGCUCAUUCUGGUAACUGGCUCAAUUUUGUUGCUGGUAGUGUAUGGGAUCUACGGGUCUUUUAGAUCCCAGAAUUACCUAAUUAUUGUAACGUCUGCAUAAAGCAGAAAAAGGCUCUGUUUUUGUCAAUGACCGGUGCCUAUUGGGUGACUAAAUAUUGUCAGCCUAAUCGACUUAUUUGAUUGCUAAUUCAUGUUGCAUUAGUUUUGAUUGCAAAGCACCUGGAUUACAUGAUUUGCCCGUAAAAUAGCAGCAAUUGACAAGCUUGAGUACAUGGACUGAAUGUAUCAAGCAGAAUGCAUGUUGGCGAUUUUAAGCGAUCUUAGGCGAUUUUAGGCGAUUUAAGAGAUAUUCGACAAUUUUAACCCGCGAUUUAAUGCGAUUUUAGGCGAUUUAGGGCGAUUUUAGGCGAUUUACCGCCCCAGAGUAGGCCUGCUAGUAAUACUACAGGGUGUCUAAAAAAAAACGCUACGGAAAUUCAACAGGCUGUUGUGCAUCACAAACUUGACAAAACAAUUCAAUUUUUACACAGGACGAAAGAGCUGUUAUUUAGCUUUUCUAUGAUUUAUUUCUUAAACCGUAACGAUGAGAAAUGGCCACAUACUCGUCCAAUGAAAAUUUUCGGUCGAAAUCACAUUCUUCCACCGUUGGGAAUUGAAAAGACAUUACCUAAUUAUGCAAAGUUAAUCAAUCCAAAAGCAACGCGAGUCUGCUGCAAGGUACUUGUUUCGUAAAACGUUUUGAUUACGAAUGUUCUCUGUUCAGGGCUUAAUUGAACCAUGUUUAAUGCAAUAAUGGACGUUCUUAUGGUCUCACUAAGACGAAGAUUGAUGAGUUGAGCUUAUUUUAGAUAAUUUAACAUUCAAUUUUAAUUCCCUCUUGGGAAUUGUUUAUGUUUCGUUUUCCAUAUGCAAUUCCCAACGGUGGAAGAAUGUGAUUUCGACCGGCAAUUUUUAUUUGACGAGUAUGUGGCCAUUUCUCAUCGUUACGGUUUAAAAAAAUAUAUCAUAGAAAAGCUAAAUAACAGCUCUUUCGUCCUAUGUAAAAAUUGAAUUGUAUUGUUAAGUUUGUGAUGCACAACAGCCUGUUGAAUUUCCGUAGCGUUUUUUUUUGAGACACCCUGUAUAAAAUUAAUAAUAUUAAAGAAAAGAAAUGAAUAAUAAAAUCCCAUGGGAGAUAGUUGUCGUCCACGGUCUGUUUACAACCGGUAAACCAGAGUUUACGUCUUGUGUAUAACGUUUGCAUUUUAGUCACGUAAGAAGUGGAUACUCAGCAAAUUGGUUUAGUACCAAUGUGGAACUCUAUAGUCAAUAAAAAGCCUCUGUUUUGAUGUCUUCAAGCUGAAUGAAGCAGGUAUAAAGGUAUAUCAUUCCAGCGAAAACAAAUUGUUUCGAGCUCUAUGCACACAUAAGGACAACGUAAAUGAAUAUCAGAAACCUGGUGUGUACCGCAUUCCUUGUGAAUGUGGUCUGGUUUACAUUGGUGAAACUGGUCGAAAUCUCUCAGUACGUCUUAAGGAACACAAGACGAAUUGCGAGAAAGCCGAGCAAGAUAAAUCUGCCGUGGCUAAACAUACUUGGACUUACGACCAUCGUAUAAAAUGGGACGAAGCAACCAUUUUGGCGAUUGAUAGUCAUAAGUUCUCUCGCAAAAUGAGAGAGUCAAUUGAAAUCGAGAAGCACAAUACUAUAGAUCAGGAGGGAAAGCCACUAGAUAGUACGUGGCGUGCUUUCUUUAAUGUGCAAAAUUAAUUUCUCUUGUCUUGGUGCGCGCGCGUUAAUUGGAAUCACUUCAUUACGAUUGAAAUGACGUGGUUGAUGUGCCGUUUAAUUAAAUUUCAAAUGACGCGAGCCAACAGAUAUAAAAUUUGCAUUAUAACGACUGCAUGACGACAGCGAAAUAGCAAACAUUUGUUGAUUUAAUGAUUUCUUGCAAAUACAUUUCAUUUUUGCAAGAUUUUGUAAAUUUCAAAAGUUUUUUGAGAGAAAAGACGAAAGAAUUGUUAUAUGCAAAGGCGCCGACGUUAACGAAGGUAAGUUUGAAAUAUUCAUGAAUCGUGUAUUGUUUGCUUUAAAAGCUGAUCGUUAUUCGUUAAUGCGUAUAUUUUAAAUGAAGAAAGAGAGCAUAUUAAUUUCAGUGCGGUAUCUUUAUUGAUUACUUUUUUUUGUUGUAUUAAAAUUUUUAAAUAAAAAAGAAAGCAAAGUUAUGUGCAUGCGAGAAUUUGAAUUAAUUUUAUUUCAAACUCAACGUUAAGUUUAUCGAAAAGCCAGGCAGUUUAGUUUUAUAAAGAACAUUUUAAAACGUUUUGCGAAGCGUUUGUGGUUGAAUUUUACAUUAAAUUGAAACUUAUAUUACGUAUAAUAACAUACCUAGCAUAUAUAUGUUUGGGAAAUUGAUAAUUUUGUAAUUAAAACUUAAAAGUGAUAUUUUUAGGGGGAUUUUUCAAUUGUGAAAAUAUUCUUAAUGAAAUUGUCGUGUCACUAUGAUAACUACUUUAAAUACUUCAUGUUCGGAAAAUACAAUGGUUUUGUCAGCAAGGUGAGGGUUUCUGCAUGCAUGUAUUUUCUAGUAUGUGCUUUAAUUUCUUCAAAUUGUUCUUCGAUAAUUUGUUUGCAAGUGGAUUUUUGGCAGCCAUUUUGUUUUGAAAGCAAUACUAGUUACUGUUCUGAGCAGUAAAGCCAACCAGAACGCUUGAAACCCAUUUUUCAAUACUGAAUUUAUACUAAUAACAGUUAUUCUGCGAACUCGAGUCGUAUAUGAGCUGAUAGCCGACGAGGUGCGUAGCACCGAGUUGGUUUUCAGUCGUAUACGACGAGAGUGAGUAGAAUAUCUGUAUGGAAAUAUUUUGACACAGUUAGUUUAGCAAUCAACACAACUUGCCCUAAACCUGAUAAACCACUGCUGCUAUUUGUUAAAUAAAGCUUCAAACAUUGCUAAAAAUUUUAUAUAUAAAGGCUUUCAGAGAAAAUAAGUGCCUGUCGGUUUCGUAUCUAUAAAUCGAUGUUGGUUUUAGUAUAUUCUAUAUUUAUAUUUUUAUUUUCGCUCUUCUGGCAUUUUUUUAAAUACAUUUUUAAACUAGUUUAGGUAUUAAAUAUUUAUUUGCUAACCUGUAAACAAUUGCUGGAAGAAGUUAAUUCAUUCCGUUUUAUUGCUUUUAAUGCUAUAAAAAGCGAAUAACCUGCUGUUUUCGCGUUCAGAAAACUUGGGUAAUUUUUGAGCCGCCAUCUUGUUUUUUUACUGCCAUGAGCUAAUAUCUUGCUAGUGAGAGCCAAUCAAAUUGCAGAAUAGCUCAUAUCUGGUAGUUGUCAAUAUUAUAAUUUGUAUUAUUAUUAUUAUUAACAGACUUGCAUAAUCUCUUUCCUAGAUUCUCUUUACAACUUGACAGCACGUGGUCUGUUUCAAUCAUUUGUUCUUGAAAAACCCCGUCUCAGUGGAGAUAAUGUGACAUUCUCUUGUCAGUCACUAUUUCAUAGUUUAGCUUACAAGAUGGUCACGUGCAAAUCAUCUGGGAUGUACUCCGCACCUCCGCCAUAUUGCGAAAAGGAAGAGACGAAUUCCAGUAAGUUAACAUGUUUUUGUUUGGUAUCUCAAACAGCAGCGAACACUAUAAAGAAAGCGCCCCCCUUUCCCUCCUUCCCCAGUAAACUAGACUUUUGUUGAAAAUAAGCCGGCGGCCGCCGUAGCUCCAGCGCGUGCCACGAGGUUUACUGCCGGUUACUUUGUUUUGUUUAGUAGCUGAAAUAUCAAUUCUAGUCUCCUUCCUGCACUCCAAGAUUUUAAACAAAGUUAUUCUUUAUCAUGCAACCUCGUCUAUUUUAUAGCCUGGUUGUAUUUGAAAUUGAAAACGGCAUAGUAUUUUGUAGAACUGAUUUAGUUAUUGUCUUCUUAAAACUUGAAGUCAUCUUAAUUGUUGAAGAAUGAAAGUAGUGAUUCGUUAUAAUUUGGUUAUUGUGGUGCUAUCUGAUCAAUGCUUAAAUGAUCAAUACAGCCAAAGUCCUGGUGUAAAAGUGACAUCAUAUCCGGAAACUUUGACAAUGAAAAUUUUAAUCAAGAUGAGGUCUUUUAAUUUACUAUUAAUAUCUCAUUUCUUCUCAGAAUCACCCAAAUAUUUCACACGCCAACAAUCAUAUUUGAGGUUUGUGGCACUUUCAAGUACAGGUUAAAGUAUUUGAAAUGAUUAUAGCGCACCAUUCUCUAUUUUUAAAACUCUAGGUGGUUCUGAUUUGGUUCUUAUAUUGUCCUUAUCGUUGUCGGUUCCUUUUCUGGGUGUGGUGCUGCUGUUGGUUAUUCUCUAUUGCGUUACACGACGUGUGUCAUCCCAGAACUUCGUGUCAAAUUAUUUUGUAAAUUCACAACAACGCUCAAUUGAAAUACAAGAGAACAGUCCUCUGGGCAGUGGUACAAAACAUUCCACUGCCGUGCAAUCUACAAAGUCGGACGCGAGUGGAGUAUAA